AUGGACUCAAGAGUGGAACCGGCAGUUUCCGAGGGCAAUACACACUUCCAGUCUCCAUCGGCACCUUCGGCUGUGGAUCAGGGUGCUGAACUUGACUGCCGCUGGCCGCGGACUUGUUCAGCACCGUUAUGCGCUGCCACAGGUCCAUUUUAUCCAUUUGGAACUGGAGACACAGAGAGUGAAGGAGGUUCUGCAGUGAUUCACCUUUUGCAACCAUUUACAUUUUUCGGACUUACAUACAACCAAAUUUAUGUCAACAACAAUGGAUACUUGACUUUUAAACCAAUAUGGUACAUCUACUUUCCAUACAGGUUCCCAAAUGGUGGGAAAGACAUCAUUGCUCCAUUCUGGACUUAUAUUAACCUUUUCAACGGUGUUAUUUCAUAUCGCCAGUACACUUCUGGCAGUGUCCUGACGCAAGCUACACAAGACAUAAACCAAUACUUCCCUGAUCUGAGCUUUUCUGCUUCAUGGGUCUUUGUUGCAACUUGGGACAGAGUGGGAUAUUAUCACUAUUUGAAUACAGAUGAGGCAUCUUUCCAAGUGGUUUUGAUUUCAAAUGGCAAUUUCUCAUUUGUUUUAAUGAACUAUGGUGCAAUUGCUCCAUUAGCAUUACCUGUACAGCCCGGUUAUGACACCAUCGACUCAAGCCACUAUUUCUCAAUUACUAAAUCACUGGACUACUGGACAAACUUAACAUACAGCAGCAAUGUCAAUGUUUCAGGCAGAUGGGCCUUCAGAACAGAUCUUGGAUCACGUUGUCUAUUCAAUGGCACAGGUCCAUUUUAUCCAUUUGGAACUGGAGAUACAGAGAAAGAAGGAGAUUCUGCAAUGAUUCACCUUUUCCAACCAUUUACAUUUUUUGGACUUACGUACAACCAAAUUUAUGUCAACAACAAUGGAUUCUUGACUUUUAACGGGGCAUGGUACAGCAACUAUCCUAACAGCUUUCCUGCAUAUGGUGGCAAAGACAUCAUUGCUCCAUUAUGGGCUGGUGACAGUUUAAGCGGUAAUAUCUCAUAUCGUCAGUACACUUCUGGCAGUGUCCUGACACAAGCUACACAAGACAUAAACCAAUACUUCCCUGACCUCAACUUUUCUGCUUCAUGGGUCUUUGUUGCAACAUGGGACAGAGUGUGGAAUGUUUACUAUCAGAAUACAGAAACAUCUUUUCAAGUGGUUUUGAUUUCAAAUGGCAGUUUCUCAUUUGUUUUAAUGAACUAUGGUGCAAUUGCUAUAUCACAACAAUCUAUACGGGCUGGUUACGACACCAUCAACUCAACCUACUAUUUCUCAAUUACUAAACCACAGCAGAAUUACUCCACAAGCUUAGCAUGCAGCAGCAAUGUCAAUGUUUCAGGCAGAUGGGCCUUCAGAACAGAUCUCGGAUCACAGGGUUGUCAAUUCAAAGAUCUGGAUGAAUAUCAGGUAAAUUCAUCUCUAUGUGGGGCAAAUUCUAACUGCACACAUGUAAAUGGAGGUUACAGUUGCUCAUGUCUGAAAGGAUUUACUGCAACAUUCCCAAAUCUCACAAUCAGCAUCAAUAACACAUGCACAGGUGUGUUCAGGCUUUACUUUUGUGUAUUAUCUGUCGACCAUUAAUGACAAGAUUUUUUUGUGUCACUGACAGUUGAAGUUCUGUUUCAUUGAUUUCUAUUUUGUACUAACAAUUCAGUGCUGGUAUUGAUAAUGCUAAAUUUAAAAGACUAAGAAUAUGCUUGAUGUACUAUUAUUUACAAACUGUGAAAAAUACAUUACUCAUAAGGUUAUACAUUUCUCGUUUUUUUCAUUUUAGAUAUUAAUGAAUGUCUCAACUCAUCUUCUGUUUGUGGGCCAAACUCAUAUUGUCAGAAUUACAAUGGAAGCUACUCGUGCUCUUGUUUGAGAGGAUAUAAUGUUACAAAGAUGAAUGAAACUGUUAGUAAUAGUAACCCAU